GUCUCAAGGGGCGUCUGAAGGGCGACCUGGUGACAAGCUACGGACUUGUCUACAACUAUUGCUACACCGCCAGACGAGGUAUUCGCCUCGUUGCGGUCUUUACGGUAGAUGGCGUACUGACAAAGAAAGUUUGUUUGUGUGCAUUUAAGAUGUGUCUCCUGAACACACAGCACCUUUGGGUUAUGUUUGUGUAAGAGUUCUUUAAUGUCAUCGAGGUUGUGGAUAAGACCUCUAAUGUUCCAGUGUAUUAUUUGUGUAGCCAUAUUGUUCGUGUUUUUAUGCUGUGUGUCAAGAGGAGUCAGGUUAGAGAAAUGACUUACGGAGCCUUUUCAGGCCCCGUGAUUAUGGUACGGGUUUUGUCCUUCUUGGAGCGGUCGCGAGACUCGCGCUGCUCCCGAGGCGCUAGAUGCGCCUUCUGGCUCGGGGUUGUGUCCAUCGACUCCUGGGAGCCGCUGGACUUCCGCUCACUAGAGCGGGGUGUUUUCAGGGUAGGCCUUGCCUCGAAAAGCAGGGCCUUGGAGGCCACCAACCCAGAGGUCGAUGGGCCCUCCUUCGGGGACGGCGCAGCAGCGCUGGCUGCUGACGCCAGGGGGGCUGGUGGCACGGCCGCAACCACGCUCGUUGUGGUCUGGGCCUGAGCCGGAGUCUGCUGCGACGCUGCCCCCUUGCGCGCCGCACCAGCAUACCCUGAGGUUCGAGAGUAUGCUGCGUGUUCACCGUCACAGUUGGGACAGUGGGGUGUGCCAUUACAGUUGUUGGAUUCGUGUUCGUGUUCGCCACACUUUGCACAGCUACGCCAGCCGCCCACCACCGAGCCCAACAAGGGGACGCCACGAGUCCGGGAGGAAACGCAGACGCCAGCUGUACGUAGCCACUAUAACCUAAUAUAACAUACCCAAGGUUGGA